AUGACUGACGGCGUUUCUGAGCUUAUGAUUUCUACGUUUUCCGGCACCGAGAAAGAUGUAUUCGGCAAAGACAAGGACGGGAGACUGCCUCUCCUUCUUCCCAAGGCCAUGGAAGGUCACCCGAUCGCAUCGAAGAGCAUCCUUCUAAACCUACCACCCGAGAUCUUAGGCGAUAUUACGGACCUAAUUGCAGAUGAUAAAGCUACCCUCUCUGCUCUAGCCCUGGUUAAUAGCGACUGUAGACAAGCUGCUGUUAGACCUGACCUAGAAUGGGUCGCUCACGCACACGGCGAUCUCUACGACUCCAUUUGGGGGGGUGCAGCCAACGUUCCAACUCCAGAGCACCGCAACAAGUUAUCUAAGGAAGCAGCCGAUAAUUACAUUGCGGAAUACCGCGCUCCUAUCCAAACCGCCAUAAAUUGGGCAAUGCCACACCUGGAGACCUUAUUGUGGCAUGACCGACUGUGCCUCGAUGGCCCCUUUUUUACGGCCAUUGCAAAUCUGCCUCUUCGGCACCUCAAGUUAGCUGGGGUUCGCAUUUGGGAGGGGCAUCGUCCUGAGCCACCUGUGACGCCACUCAUUGUGCCACUGGAAUCACUCUCACUUGGUAUACGCCUCUGCGACAAUGCAGAGUCUCACAAGGACAAAAUAAUCGCCGAUGCCGAUGCCGAUGCCGAUGCCAAGGCCUGGGAAAACAGAAGCCUCACGACCCUCAAACGUUUAACCCUGAGUUACAAUGCAUACAAGGGAGAUCAAUCUCUUUCAUUCGUCUGGUCUUCGCUGCUUUCUGCACCGCUGAGACAUCUCUUUUUACCCUCCACAAAUUCGCCAGCCUUUAAACAAGCCUUAUUUGCCUGCGAACCCCUACGGGACCUUGAGACACUUGUCGUACCAUACCUUAAUGGCAAGGACGUUACAACGGUGCAGCCGAUGAUCGACUUCAUUUCAUGCCACCCACAUGUUCACACGCUCUCCAUCGGGGACACCUCACCCCAGCUCAUGGACUCUCAUCUUAUUCCACUUCUCUCUGAUGGCAGGUGGUCAAACCUCACCUCCCUUUCGCUAGUAUGGAGCGAGCCGGGAACCCAGCCGGGAACCCAGCCACACACGGCCAUCAUUUCCGCAGACUCCCUAGCCGCUAUCGGCAGUAUCGGAUCGCUGGAGCAAAUCUGUUUAAGUGCAGGCUGUCAAUUUGGCUGGCGCUACUAGUGGUUAAUCGACUAUAACACAGUACGGUUUAGCCUUCAGAGGCUAGCAAAGCUCAAGAGGCUCGCGUUCUCACGAGAUACAUACCGAGUGCUAGAUGGCGGGCUUAGACUGGAUGUGGAGGAGUAUUA